AUGAUGAAUAUUCAUACAAACGACGAAAACGUAUAUCCCUUGAGAGCUCCAUCAGUUUGUCAGCGCAGUUGGAGGUUGAGUGGCUUCUCUUUGAAGCAUGUCAAUGUAUCAGUGCAGACGAAAACAGCUGCUGAAACACACGAAAGUAUAAGGUCAUCUAUUCGAGCGUCCAUAUCAGAAGCAUCCAAGGCAAGACUCUCCGCUUUAUCAAGCUUGUUGGAUGAGAUUAUAGUGCACAAAAUUCUGCCGUUUGACGUAGCCUUUGACCAAAGUCCGAUGGGUGACCUCCCCCAAGGACCAAAAGAGUGCCAGAGUUCGAUUUCGACAUCUCUUACUUUCAGCAAAAGGGCUUCCUGUGAUCAUCUUGGAAAACAGGGGAAAGAGGUAUUUUAAUUAAAUACAUAUGCACAAAUAUUAAAAUAGAAAAUGCUUUAUAUAAAAUGUUUUUGUUUUGUUGCUCGUUUGUUGAAUUUAUUCUCACCUCCUGGGUGUCUAUAUUGGCCAGCAAGCAUGAUGCGCCUGACAUUUAAAACCCAACCUCACCUGUUACCACAGAUGGUGGUUUCUGAUGACAAGUUCAUCAUUUAUUAAUUAUUAGUAUUGUGUAUAUUUCAAUUUACUCUUUAUAACACUUCCUCCACCUAAAAUUCCUCUCUCUAUUUAAAUAUUGAAUCUCCCCUCUCCAAUUAUAACCCCAUGCUCAAUAAAUCCACCCAAAUAAAUUCUGCUCCAACAAAUUCUCACUCCUAGCUAUUAAAUAUAAAUGCCAUCUCCUCAUUGGAUGAAAUAUGAACUUUUCAAGUGGACUCUUCUCUCUAUAUUAAGCAAAUGCACCACUUUCCGAUAAAAGUCCCCCAUGUAGUAAAUUCCAUCUAUUAUUAAGAGAAAUUUAUUCUAUUUAAUAUAUGAAUUAUUUUCUUUUAGGUUUGUGUGCCUUUUAGAAAAUGCGAAUCAACACAGUGACUUUAUUAAGGCAGUAGAUAAAGUAAUCUCUGUAUCUGAUGAUGAAAUCAUGCAAGUUGUUCCUGAAGUAAUUGCUGGAAACAUUCCAAUUUUGUUGAACUUGAUGUCCUCGUCAAAAGAUAGAGUUAUUUUACAAGUUUUUCUCUGUUGCUGCUUCUCUAAUACCAAAUUACAUCAGUUACUAGGUUAUACAUCAUCAACUGCAAACAGCAUAAAAACUCAAGUAGACAGUUUCCUUGUCCAAGCAGAAUUGCAUGAAACAGAAUCACAACAACUUGCAGAAAAACAUAUUGUGAGCACCAUAUCAAGAUUAGAAGAAAUCAUUGAGAAAAGGGAAAAUCUCCUGGAAAGAAAGCGAAAACGUCUUGCCAGUGAAGAAGAAGAAGAGGACUGGGACUAUGAUUUAAAACUCAAGCGGCAACGUGUGAUGAACCUGAAGAAUAGACCAGCAACGAUAAAGAAAAGAAUUGUUCGAAGACAUUUCCAUUCCUGGAAACAAUCCUUAAAGUCCCAAAAGGGAAAAAACAAAGGCUAUUACAGAAUAGACAGAAGAGCAGAGAAGGCCAUUUUUAAAGUAUUGGAAGAACAAUUACAAGCACACAAGAGAAGAUGGGGUGAGGAAGGCACUGGAUAUUUGGAAAGUGAUGGGAAGCGACUUCACAAAAGGGACAUGAGAAGAAUAGCUAACAAGUUUCUAGCUGCACAUGGUAAAAGGCUCAUCAAGAGCAAUGAAACAGCAAGAUCUUGGGGAAGAUGCCUUAACAAAUGCAGUAGACAAGCAAAGCAACAUCGAGGUAGGAACUUUUGGUCACAUAUGAGAACCAGUGGCGUAACUACUAUGGGCUCAGACCGGGUGAACCCGGGGGCCCCCAACCCAAAUGGGGGCCCCAGGCUUAGGCGAUAGGCCAAAAACAUUGGCUAGGGUCUCUGAUAUGUUACAAUGUCGUUUUAUGACCAUCAGAAUUCUGUAAAAUCUCUCCCCAAAGUCCAGGAAAUGGCAAUUCAGAGAGUCUAGAUUCAAAAAUUUUCCGGAUGACCAUGCCCUGGGCCUCCUAGAAAACUCGUGCAUAUACGGCGCUCGACUCGUGCCUUUGGCACUUCUACUAGGGGGGCCUUCGAAAAUUUUGAAACGGGGGGCCCUUGAUAUAACGUUACGCCACUGAUGAGGACACAAAAAACCUUCAGGCAAUGUCAUGUUAAUGUUCAUUACAAUCGAGCUCACAUCAAGAACUACACUCGCCUUGCCUUUGGUAAUGACACAGAUUGUCGUGAUUCAGUUGUCCGUCGAGCAAUAGACGAUAAGGCGUAUGUCAGAUGUGGUACAACUGAAGGAUUUUCAAGAACAAUUCACUACCCUCUCCAAGUCACAGAGGAACCACUUGAUUUACCAACCUCUGAUUAUCCAGACACUGUUGGAUACGUAUCCCCUGGAGUGAUACUAAUUAUCAAAGACAUGGAUGAAAUUGGGCAUCAAGGUCGAGAUAAAUUUACAACCACAGAUCAAACAGUUACUGUUACAUGCAAGGCAAAGUACAUUUAUCCAAGUACUGCGACUAACUGGCAAAAUGACUUGUUCGCUGUUAGAUAUUUGUACCGAGAUGAGCAUGAAGUUGAAGGUGAUAAUGCCAUAACUGAGGAACUGUCUGAAUCUAUUGUGUCAUACCUUGUAUGGUUAAGAGAUUCACUUCUACAAUAUGAGUUAAUGAGCAUUCCUGAGGACUAUCUAAGAGUCAUAGAUGGAGGAGAUAACUUAGAAAGAGAGAUGAGAAGGAACAAUGUGCUCUACAAACGAUUUGAAGAAUGUUUAGCAUCCAUGAAAGGAAACGAUGUUUCCUCUUUGCCACUUGCCAAAGAAAUUAUGUUGAAAAUGGAAGAAGCGCAAAACAAACUGAAACACAUUCGUAAGUAUAAAUGGAAACAUUUGUAACAGAGCAACAUUUAGUGUAAAUGUAAACAAUAUAAAAUGAUUGACCAGUUUUCAGGGAUAAAUUUUGCUUUGUUUACAAACAAUUAAAGUAUUUGAAUCAUACAUGUAUUUUGAUAUACAGUAAUAUCAAAAUUACUGUGAUAGCAUCAUCAUAUAUACAUAUAUUGUCAGGUAUACAUGCAAAAUGUCCAGGGUCAGGCACCAAACAGUUUGUGUCUGACACUUCCUCAGGCACCAGUGUCCCUUGGAAAUUUAACUUCAGGUUUGUCUUUAAACCCUUGUUUUCAUAUUCACUAUUAAAACUUAAUUGUAACCUCUAUAUCAAUACAAUUAUUAUAUAUAUAGUUGUUUGUUUUCUCAUCAUCUUUUUCAGUUCUAUUCUAUGAAGAUUCCAAAACACAUGUAAAGAAUGAAAUUAUCAUGAAGAAUAGUGUGUUAGUCUCCAAUUGCAAAGAAUUGCGUCUAUAUCUUGAAAAUAAUGGACUUCCUAAGCAUAGGUAUAUUUAUAUUCUUGACUUUUCAUCGAGGAGGAGCUGUAUUAAUUGCUUUAUAUUGGACUGUAAAACGCCUCUUGUUUUUUUAACUAUCUUUGAUAUUACAUAUUAUCUGUAAAUUUGUGUUAAUGUGAACCAAAAUUUAUAUUGAAUAGGUGAGGUAUAAAUUGCAAAUGAUUUAUUUAUAAUAUAGACAAAUUGACAUUCAGACCUCUGAUGCUGGUCCAGGUGUUUCCAGCCAUGAAAGGAUGACACAGCAUCGCCUUGCUGAGAGCUUCAUGAUCAAUGGGCUAGACCUUCAAUGCAGAUUUCAUUAUGCCCCAGGUAUAAACAAUCUGUAA